AAGUAGAAAAGAAAGAACUUCGACAAAGUUAUUCGUCGAAGUUUGUGCGAGUGUGCGGACAUUGGGAAAAGCACACAUUAUCCGUUGGUAUAUUACGCCGAACGGCCAGUAUCGAUUUAGAAGGGGACUAGCAAUCUUUGAUCUUACUUUUACUGUCGUGGGAAAAGUGACAAAAUAUGGGGAAACCGGACGAAGAGGCCGCCGUUGAGGUGCAGGAGUUUGAAGGAGAUGAGAAUCCCGAGAGGGGUAACUGGGGUAACAAGUUGGACUUCAUCCUCUCCUGUGUGGGGUACGCCGUGGGUCUUGGUAAUGUCUGGAGAUUCCCAUACCUCGCAUAUGAGAAUGGAGGAGGUGCUUUCCUUAUCCCUUACGUUGUUAUGUUGGUGUUUGCUGGUCUUCCACUCUUCUUCAUGGAGGUGUCAUUUGGGCAGUUCUGCAGUCAAGGACCCAUCACCUGCUGGAGAGCUAUUCCAAUGUUCAGAGGUGUUGGAUACGGUAUGGUGAUUGCUUCAGCCUACGUCGGUAUCUACUACAAUGUCAUCAUCAUGUACACCAUCUACUACAUGUUUGCUUCCUUCACAAGCGACCUCCCAUGGGCUCACUGCGACAGGGAUUGGAACACCGUGUAUUGCAGCAGUCUUUAUUCGGAUUGUGUUAAAAAUAGUACAUAUUCAUCGACGAUCAUCAUCAACAAUGGGUCUUGUGUUAACAUCACCGACCUUACCUCUGUAGAGAUGACCGAAUACAACAUCGCUGGAUCUGCUCCUGAUUUUGAUAUAACGGGAUAUUCUGAUCCUCUGGCAGAUGAUCGAACCCGACCAAGUGAGGAGUACUGGGAGCAGCGUGUGCUUCGUCAGUCUGAGACUAUGAGUGAUACUGGGACAGUCAGCUGGGAAUUGGCUCUUUGCCUCCUCCUUGCCUGGAUCAUCGUCUUCCUCUGUCUCGUCAAGGGUGUCAAGUCAUCUGGAAAGGUGGUAUACUUCACUGCUACCUUCCCAUAUGUUGUUUUGGUUAUCCUGUUGGUCCGUGGGGUCACUCUACCUGGGUACUAUGAAGGUAUUCUCUUCUUCAUUGUUCCUGAGUGGUCUACUCUUAGCAACCCCCAGGUCUGGCUGGAUGCUGCUGUGCAGAUCUUCUUCUCUCUCAGUGCUGCCUGGGGAGGUCUCAUCACCCUCUCAUCCUACAACAAGUUCCACAACAACUGCUACUUCGAUGCUGUAUUGGUAGCAACCCUGAACUGCUUGACCAGUAUCUUCGCAGGUUUUGUGAUCUUCUCCAUUGUGGGAUUUAUGGCAAAUGCUCAAGGAAAAGAAGUUGCUGACGUUAUCGAUUCAGGAUUUGGUCUUGCUUUCAUCGCCUACCCUGAGGCGGUCUCCCUCCUGCCUGUCUCGCCUCUCUGGGCCAUCCUCUUCUUCUUCAUGUUGCUCACUCUCGGUCUCGACUCCCAGUUCACCAUCAUGGAGACUGUGGUAACCGCCAUCGUCGACGAGUUCCCAGAAACCCUCCGCAAGAAGAAGACCAUUGUCAUGUUGAUCGCCUGUUCAGUCAUGUACCUGCUUGGCAUCACUUGUGUCACUGAGGCUGGACCAUACUGGAUCAGUUUGAUGGACUCAUAUGGAGCCGGUUUUGCCCUCAUCCUGUUUGGUCUCUGCGAGACAAUUGGUCUGUCCUGGUUCUACGGUGUCAAACGUUUCAGCAAUGAUAUCCGUACUAUGAUUGGCAAUGGCGUCGUCGACUGUUUCAUAUUUUACUGGUGGCCUCUUAUGUGGAGCGCUGUCACCCCAGGACUUCUUCUGUUUGUGUUGAUCUUCAACUGGAUGAACUGGUCUGAGCCCGAGUACAAUGGACCCUACCCAACCUGGGGUCGUAUUAUUGGCUGGCUGAUGAUCACAUCCUCCAUCAUCUGGAUCCCAUUCGUCAUGAUCUUCGAGUUCCUCCGUGCUGAAGGAAACCUUGCUGACCGUUGGAGAUCCAUGUCCAACCCACGUGAGACCUGGGGUCCCGCCCUCAAGAAACACCGUAUCGAGGCAGCUGAAGUGCACCAGAGCCACGGCACCAGCAUGGGAGGUUCUACUAAGUAUGGCACUGUGACAGAGCCAUCAGUGGCCUACGCAGCUGCUGCUAACAACGCUUAUGAACACCCACUUUAAACGGUCCCAACACUUGCAACCUCCAAGCUAUAAAGCUCUCAGUAUCAGUACCCUCAUUUACCAGUAAACUUUCAUGCAUAUAGAUACUAUAAAACUCAGUUUGUUCUGGCUCAUUGCACAUAAAUGUUCAUAGUCAUGUUUUAUUUUAAUUCAUGAUUUAAUACCUCAAAUAUGAGAGGAUUUGCUGAAAGCUUUAUAAUUUCAUUAUUGAGAUCUACUAGUAUACUGAGGAUGUUUGUGCAUAAAGGUGUCUUGUUGGAAAAAAAGUACCAAAGUACUUAGCAAUUGGGAUUAUUGGAGCUAUAUAUUGAGGGGCUUACUUUGAUAAUACCCUCAUCUUGAACAGACUAAAAUAAGUAUGUGUAUCCCAUAUCAUUUUCCAUUUGAAGUAAUAUUCUCAACAUAUGCUAUGUCAUUUUUUGUAUCUCUCUCUUUUUUAAAUCACUGUAAAUUUAAUCACAUUUGAAUGUUUUAAAACGCACAAUUACAAUAGCUAUGUAAAUAAAAAAAUUCUCUACAAUUUUACAACAGUGAAUCACCAUUUUGAAACAAACUGAUUAUUUUUAAAAAGCUGACCCCAACAAUGCAUAUUACCCCCUUUUACGUGAAUUGUUCAAAUGAUUUUUGUCUCAGAUUUUAUGUAGUUUUCUACUUUGGGUUCAUUCUUUUCAACUCUGUGAUAUUUCUUUUGUAGUUAAUGUGCCAAUGAUGUAUGAAAUGUAGAACCAGUUUUUUUUUCAAAUUUAUUAUUUUUUGGUCUGUGUUGUAUGAAAUUGCUAGAUUAGUUCACCAAGUAAAAUUGAAGGUGCUCUACACAUCAGGUGUGGAUAUAAGGUCAUUCAUAACAAUAGUGGCGGGAUUUAUUUGUGGGGUGUAUGAUAAGGGGAGGAUUAUUGUUUCAUACAGUACAUCAUCACCUCUUACAAGAUCGCAAGUUUUCAUCCCCGGACUGCAGAAGCGGUAUAAUAUAUAAAUUACGUUUACACAGUUAUAUUUGAUAAGUCUCUGCACUUCUCUCCUGUAUAUAUUAUAAAUAUCAUAGCCUCAUUGUCACAUCAUGUUUGCUAUAUUACUCAAAAAGGUGUAUAUUGAUUCGAGGGCAAUUUCCACCAUUACAACACAUUUAGCAGAUAACAUUACUUCUGUUUUUCUCCUAUUUUAUACAUUUUAUUACAACCUUGUUGCAAUUGGUGUUUAUUGAUCAUUGGGUGGUUUCAAGUUUGGUGUUAUAUAUAUUCUGGUGUUAGUGUUAAAUGAAUACCAUCCACAAAACCCAGUCUGAUGAUGUAAGACUAGUGUUAGAAUUGACACCACUCUGUCUGUAUAUGAUUCUAGUUGUACACGUACUUACUGAGUGGUUUGCUGUAAUUUUAGUAACACCUGUGAAAAAUCAUAAGGAAUAUCAAUUAUCAGUUGAUAAGAAAAGAGCUGCAAAUAUAUUUAAAGAUAUGUCCUGAAAUUGUCUUUCAAACAAAAUCUAUGGAGAUUUAUCAGAUUUUUUUACAUCAGAUUGUAUCAGGUCAAGUUUCAAAAUAUAUAUUCAUGAAUGAAUCUAACAGAAUACAAUACAUGAGAAUUUUAGAUAUGCAGGAAUUAUAUUGUUUGUAUAUAUUGAAGUGUGAAUUUUAUCUUUUAUAUGGAAAGUUAGAGAAAUACCAUGGUCAUAAACAAGAUUGAAUCACAAGGGUGAUAUGUCUAUCUAAAGAAUUUUUACUAAAGCAUAUUUUGUCUAAAUACGUCAUGACAAAUAUCAGUACUGGGGAAAUGUGUGUGAAUAGUGCAAGAGAAAGUAAUAGUUUGAAUAGGUCACGUCAGAAUUGUCAUAACCACUUUAAAAUUUUACAUUUAUAUCUUACAAAUCUUUCAUCUCAUAUGAAAAAUUACUAGAAUUAAUUUACUUGUAAUUAACGAUUUUUAAAGAGUUGCCUUUCUUAAGAUCAGACGGGGUAGUAGUGACUUUAACUUGGAAUUUUAACUUUAAGAAAUUUUAAUAUUGUAAUGUCAAUUUUUACUAUUCCACAAUAAAUGAGGUUGAUUGGGUA